AUGGGCUGUGCUACAAGUGGCAAUUAUAAAUCCGCUGUCAAGCAGAUCCCGAAAUUUAUCUCCAUAUCGAAGCCAAGACGAAAGCCAGAUAAAGAGGCUUUUGACAACUACUUGGCUUAUAUCAAAAAAUUAGAUUCGGUCUUGAACGCAAGUAACAGAUCAAGGAAAAUGAAAACUGAGAUGAGCCUUCAGAGUGUAAAAAUCAACUAA